GAAACUGGGGAUAUUUCAGACAAGGAUUUUGUCAAGUUGGAUUCGGAGUUUUAAUUUCCAGGGAUGGACAGCGGCUGUUUCUUGGAGCAGUAGGAAGCAGGCAUUGGCAGGGCAUGUUAGUAUCAUGGAAUCUACAUUCAAGGCCUGAUGUCAUCUCGACGAAUGAAGAUCCACCAUCAGAAGAUGGCUCAUAUUUGGGUUAUUCAAUGGCUGUUGGUGACUUUGGUGGUUCAAUUCCAGGUCAUGAAGAUGUUGCAGUUGGUAGACCUCGUGGAGCUGAUCUACUUGGACAAGUGCUUCUGUUUACUUGGAACACUACAACCAUUCAGAAUAUUACUGGAGAACAGAUAGGUGCAUAUUUUGGAUAUGCCAUAGCAUCUGGUGACAUUGAUGGUGAUAAGAAAGAUGACUUGAUAAUUGGAGCACCUUUCUACACUGAUCUAAAAAAUAAUGAAGGAAAAUAUGAAACAGGGAGAGUCUACAUCAUAUACCAGGGAAAUCAAGUUGUUCGGUUCAAUAAAUUUCAUGUUAAGGAUGGUAAAAAUACUAAAGGAAGAUUUGGGUUAUCAUUAGCUUCUCUUGGUGAUAUAAACAAUGACGGAUACGGAGAUUUUGCAGUUGGGGCACCAUAUGAUGGUCCUGAAGAGAGAGGUGCUGUAUACAUAUUCCAUGGAUCAGCUAAUGGGGUCAGAGAAACACAUUCUCAAGUUAUAUUUUCUGAAAAUAUUGUUGGUAAUCCUUCAACAUUUGGAUUUUCAAUCGCCGGAAGAAUGGAUUUAGAUAGAAAUGGGUAUCCAGAUCUCAUUGUUGGUGCUUAUGAUUCCGAUACGGUUGUAUAUCUGAGGGCAAAACCUGUUGUGAAAAUGGAUGCUUACAUUUCAUUUGCUGGGGAAGCUAAGCAGAUUGGUUUGGAUGAAAGGAACUGCACCCUUAGAGAUGGAACCAAAGUUCCUUGCACUAGGUUAAGUAGCUGCCUACAAUAUGAUGGAAUAAGUCUUGACAGAACAUUAGAUUUUGAAGUUCAGUUUGUACUGGACUCUAAAAAAGCAAAAAGUCCUAGAAUGUUUUUCCUAUCUGAUGAAAACAGAAGUGUUGUGAACAAAAGUUUAAGACUAACGAAAGGACAAAAAUUAUGUGAAGACAUGUUUGUUUUUCUGAAGACGAAUAUAAGAGACAAGUUGACCUCAAUCGAUGCUGAAAUCAGGUACAGUUUAAUAACCACCUAUUCCUCACGAUUAACUCCUAUUUUGGACCUAAAUCAAGAAUUGUCUGCUAAAGAUUCCAUAUCCAUUAAAAAGAACUGUGGAAAUGACAAUAUUUGUAUUCCAGAUCUAAGGCUCAUAGCGCAAACGAAUGUUCAACGUUACUUACUCGGUUCUGGUGAAAGGCUCAAUUUGAAUGUAUUAGUUCAGAAUGAAGGAGAAGAUGCAUUUGAAGCAACUUUUGAAACGUCUAUUCCUCCUGGGCUGAAUUAUGUUAAAAUUGAACGAAUAGAUGAUGCUGAAAGGGAAAUUGCAGUUCAAUGCUCUGCACCCAGCUUCCUUAACAAUAAUACUCUUCAUUGUGACAUUGGAAAUCCUCUACCAAAAGAAAAAUUGGUUGAAUUUAGAGUUAUUUUACAACCUUAUCAUCUGGAUGGAAUGAAUCCACGCUAUGAAUUUUAUAUGAAUGUAAAUUCGACUAAUCCAGAAAGUAGUUCUUCAGUUUCUGACAACUUAAAAAAGAUAACAGUGCCAAUAUGGGUUGAAACAGACCUUAUUCUUCAAGGGUCUUCACAUCCAGCUGAUGUGCAUUAUAACAGUUCACUUUAUAAUAAAACUAAUAACUUCACCCAUGAAACUGAAAUAGGACCACAAGUUGUUCAUAAAUAUGGUAUUAGAAACAAAGGUCCAUCAGAUAUAGUUGAAGCGGUAGCAUACUUCCUCUGGCCAUCUUAUACCUUAGCAGGUGAUCAUCUUUUAUACUUAUUAGAACAGCCAGAGACACUUGGAAACAUUAAAUGUGAUGUGGAAGAAGUAAAUGUUGAAAACAUAGCUCUUGACAGGAAAAAGAAAUCAUUCUUGGACCCUCAUGCAGAUAUAGGAAUCCAGGCUGGUUUACACUCAGAAUCAGGUUCUUCAACUUCAUCAACUAAACACCAUUCAGGUUCAUCUUCUAAAUCUUCUAAAGAAACAUACACAUCGUCAUCUUCAAGUUAUGCACAUUCUUCUUCCCAAGGAAGAGUGGUAACUGAGGAAGAAAAAAGAAGAUUAGAAGAAAUAGACAGAAGAGAAAAGGAAGAAUUAGCUAAAGAGACCGGUGAUGGCUCCUUCAGACAUAUGGCAAGAUCAAAGGGAAAGGUGGAUUAUGAACACAGUCAUUACAGUUCAAAUGGAGGUAGAUUAGUCAGUGAAUCUCAUUCAAAGCCCGUGUAUUUGGAAGAAAGAGGUAGAGUUGAAAUUAGUAAAGCUCCAGUUGUUUCAGAAGGCAGUUAUUUCCACCAAGGUUCAAGGAAACAAGGAACAUCUGAAAGCAGGCAAAAAUCAGCUCACAGAGGAGAAGAUAAAGGACAUUCAUAUUAUGAAGAAAAAGAACAAAUAUCAAAUACUACAUGGAAAUCAGGGCAAAGCCCCAAAAAAUCGGUGUCUACUAAGUGGAAGACAAUUGAAGAUGGUGUUGAAAAAAGUGGAAGCUCUUCCCAUGUUGAAUCAGCAAAUGGUGGAGGAAAUAUUAAUUUAUCUAACUUAGAUAUAUCAAGUGUUGGUAAUAGAAAAUAUACAAUAGGUCGAGAAGACGGUGAAGUAAUUUAUUCUCAGGAAAAAUAUGAAAAAAAAACUAAUGAGAAAUCUAAAAAAGAUAGGCUUUAUGGAGAAACAGUUGGGUCAAAGGAUGUAUCACAAGGUUCAUCCUAUCAAUCUGAAAUCAACAGAGGUACAUCUGGAACCAGAACCUUCACAGAACAAGAUGGUUCAGAGAUAUCAACAGAUGAUAGAGAGAGAAAGGGUUGGGGUUCCUUACAUAAAGGAAGUACUCAGGAUAUCUUUGAGGGAUCAGCAUCUUAUCCUCAACAAACUGGAGGAAUUAAUCGAACUAGAUACUCACAAGAGAAACAUCAUAACACUCAGACAUCCUAUGGAGAAGAAGCUAUGAAAGGUAACAGGAGAGUUCAUAAUGGAAAAGUAGGUCACAGAAGUGAAGAGAGCUUCUCCGGUGGAUCAAGAAAAACUGACGGUAAGCAUAAAGUCCACUGGAGUUCUGAAAACAGCAGAGGUUCAGAAAUUUUAAGAGAAAGUGGAGAGACUAGUAUAACUUCUAAUGCCGAUGAUGAAACAAAAAGAAUUACUGAUAUGAAUGCAUAUGGAAAAGGUAUGAGACAUGGAGGAAAGAGUUACAGUGAAGAAAGGGAGCAUCAAUGGAAUACAUCCUGGAAUUCAGCCGAUGGAGGCAUUCCUAAAACAACUGAAACAAAAUCCUGGAAGAUUAAUGAAGAUGGUGUUAUCAUUAAUGGUAGUAGUUUAGAUACAUAUGAAGGAACAGCAAAAAUAGAUAAAAACAUGCAAAAGCAUCUAACAGUUGCUAAUGUUGGAUCAGCAGGAAUCGAUAUUGAUCAAAAUUUUGUAAAGACUGGAAAGGAAGGGACUGUAUAUUCAGAAGAAAAAGAAACUGCUUACAACACCACAUGGAACUCAGCAAGAGGUGGUAAGCCAGUUACUCAAGCCCAGUCAAAAUGGAAAGUCAACAAAGAUGGUAAAAUUUCAAGUGGAAGCUCCUCAGAUGUUUACGAAGGUACAGGUCCAGAUCCACAUUUCGUAGAGUCAGAUAUUCAAGGAGGUUCAUAUGAAUCAAGAAGACUUGGAAUAAAUCAUGAACAGAAACAUGAAGAGAAUAGAAACCAUCAUGUUGGAGGACAGAUAGGUAAUAGAGGAUCUCAUGGUGCAAUUAGUUCGAGUUAUGGUAGUACAAGUCGACAGGAUCAUGGGUCUGCAAUCUCUGAACAUGAGAGCUCAUCUCAACAACAAGGUCACUCAGAAACAAGGCAUGAUAGUUUGCACAAUUCCCAUGACCAAGUUGCAGGAGGCUCAGAGUACAAAAGCUCUAGUCAUCAACAAGGGUAUGAUAGACAUCUUAGCCACCAUAACUCAGGGGGAUCAAUUAAGGCUGAAAACCGUGAAGGAGCUAUGUCUGAAGGACAUCACGGAACAAGGCAUGAAGGGUCUAGACAACAUUCUGGAACUACAAACAUAAAUUUGGGUGAAAUUUUAAAAGAAAAUCAGGCUACUGGUAGUCAGUCAGCAAGUUUCAACCAUUUUGGGGAAAUCGCACGUGGCCCUAGUGAUGGAGUUGCAAGAACAUAUGGCUUAGAUUUGGGUUUGUAUUCAGGAAGUCAAGAUCAGUCCAAGUACCGUGGAGCUGCUAGUAACAGUGAUUUAAGAAGUAGCCAUUACUCAUCAGAAAGAAGAGGUAGUGCAACAGGAACUGUAGCAACAGAUGAAGAUGAUAUUAAUGGUUACUCCUACAGAAACAGUGACCAUUUGGAGGGCUACUCAGGAACUGGAAAAACCCAUAGCUCUUGGAGCUCAUCAUCAUACACAGCUGAUGGAGAUAGGCCCCAGCAUGGCGGAGCAUAUGGAGCAAAGGUCACAGAGGGUGCUCAUCAUCGACAGAUAUCAGAUGAAACUAAUAGAGGUAAAUUUCAACUCUACCCAAGAUAUAAACGAGAUACUAGUGAAAAUCUCGAAAAGUCUCUUAACUGUGGACCAACUGAUUGCACUAGAAUAAAAUGUACAUUGGGUCCCUUAAAAAAAGAUGAAGAGGUCUGGGUUGCGUUCCGUUCCAGAGUGUGGGUUCCAACAAUGAAGAAGCUGUCAACUAGUGUUGAAGUUGGUUUAAGUUCCUUAGUAGCUGCAAAGGUAACCAAGCUUCCUCAUAUUGGAACACCUGAUGUUGUUACAACACAUACUCAUGAAGUUCACUCUAAAAUCAUGCCUCCUGAAAGUGGUGUUAAGCCUGACAUUAUACCGUUAUGGAUUGUUGUGAUAUCUGCUUGUGCAGGAGCAAUAAUCCUCAUGCUCCUAAUCUAUCUUCUUUACAAAUGUGGCUUCUUCAAGAGAAAUCGACCUUCAGAUGUUCCUGAAAAGCAGCCAUUAAACAGAAAUGGACAUUAUCAUGGAGAUGAAGCUCUUUAAAAAAAGAAAGAAAGAAAAAGGGGUAUUUCUACUGUCAAAGUAGUUGGCACUGCCCAAAUUAUUAUGCUGUGACUGUGUUAUUUUUAUUUUUUUCAUAGAGUCGGGUGCUUUUUAAUUAUUAUAUUAAGUAUUUAUUGUAAAUAUUGUACUCUAGAGCUGUUGAAUGGCAAUUUCUUCAAGAUUGUCUCUUUGUACUUAGUUAUCUGUACAAAUUAAUUUAGUGGUUGUAAAUUGUUGUUGUUUCUAAUUUUUUUUUAACAAUCCUAUUACAGAAUUUGAUAUUUUUAUACUAAAAGACUAAUUCUAACAUGAUCUCUAAAGAGAUAGCAUUUAAGUUAUCAACUGGAUUAAGGAAUUCCUUUCAUUGUAUUUAAAAUAAUUAAUUGAAAGUUACUUAUAAAAUUCAAAGACUUUUCUCAUAAAUGAAUGUGCCUUUUGUAAAUAAAUAUCUUUCUUGUUAAAAUAGUAUAUUUAUGAUAGAUCCUAAUUAUAAAUAUUUAUUUAGAAUCUAGUAUUUAUUGCUUGUUUACUAGUUGUAAAACUUCCUAACAUAUGAAGAAAUAACUAAAUUGUUAAAUUUGUGUGUCUUUCUGUGGUAUAAAAUAAUUAUUAUAUAAGAUUACAUUUUUAUGUGCUCAGAAUGAAAGGAUAAAUGAAUGUUUUAAAUGAUAUAAUUAACUUAGACUAAUAGGUUAACAAAUCAAGAUGUAAAUAUUUAAAUUAUGUAUUAUUUUGUUAUUUAAUUACUAAUUGAAGUUAUUUGUAAUAAAAUCAUUUGGUUAAACCAUAACUGACUUCUUAAUCAUUUUUUUUUUUUUUUUAAUAAAC